AUGGUGUCUAUUUGGACAUGCAGAACAUGCAGAAGCGUGCGACCAGGCUUCACGGCUACCCGCCGCUUGCCCUUCUCCCUCAGCUUUCGCUGUACAUCCUCCAAGGCUAGCGAAGAUGCCAGGCAACUGGUUGCAGUGCCGGAGGAGCGAUUCCAUGAGCUUGUGGCCGCGGAAGUGUCGUUCCUUGCAACAGUGCCCGUGAAGCCUGUCAGCAUGCGCCAGGUGAUGAGCUGGUGCAAUGCUGGGGACAUGGUGCCCUUCAUUCAGACUGAGAUUCCAAAGCGGUUUGCGCUUCGGAUACGGUUGAUUGAGACCCUGGACGGAUGGCAGGACAUCCCUGAGCUGGCAAAGCUCCAUCGAAGAUUGACGAGGUGGUACCGGGAAUUGGUGUUGCUGAACUACAGCACUCAGGACUGCGGCCACCUCAUAAAGACGCUCAAAUCAAUACGAGACGAAGGAAGAGAUGUCAUUGGGGUCUCAGCGUCCGGCAUCUACCAGCUGCAUAAGUCGAAGCAGCGAGACACUAAGUUCCUUGAUCGGUGGCUGGACGGCUUUCUGCUUUCCAGGAUUGGGACGAAUGCCUUGUUCGACCAGUUCGUGGCCAUCGCGCGAAAAGAGGAUGGAGGUUUGGGCCGUCCUAGCGGCAUCAUAGACCCCCGCUGCAAUGCCUCCAAAGUCUGUGAGCAUGCUGCGCAACUGUCCGCCUACCUCUGCUACCAACGCUUCGGCCAUGAGCCCAAGUACAUCGUGGAAGACUUCAAGGCUGGCCUGACGGGGCCGCAAGCUGAGUCUCCUUGUCACUUCACCUACAUCCCCAGCUAUUUGAGAUACAUCAUGUGCGAGCUUCUGAAGAACAGCUUCCGAGCCACGCUCAUGACAUCUGCCGUUGAAGACCUUAGCAAGCGUCCUGUUCGCAUUCGAGUCUGCCGCGACGAGCAUCGGGUUGCCAUCCUAGUUAGUGACGAGGCAGGUGGAAUUCCCUUUGAAGUUGGUGAUCGCAUCUGGUCAUACAUGUAUGGGACCGCUGCCAAACAAGGCAGUGAGAGCCCGAACUCGGCAGAAGAUUUGCUGUCUGGCUAUGGAGUUGGGCUCCCUUGUGCCCGACUGUAUGCUAGGUAUCUUGGUGGAACUCUUUCACUGACGUCUUAUCCAGGAUAUGGAACGCAAGCACACUUACUUUUGCCCCGGAUUGACUCGGAGCAAGUUGAGGAGUUGCCGGAAUGUAGCUUUCACGAUCCCAUCUAG